AAAAAAACAUAUACUAGUUACUUUCAAGAUUUUCUUUUAAGACGUAGAAUUCAAACAAAUUAUAGAAAAUUCAACAUGAGACUCACUCAUACCGCAAAGAACACUAAACGAAUUUCUGAGUUUGUUGCAGCAGUUGCAGUUCUUCUUGCAGCGUCGAAUUCUUUCUUUGGGAAGAAGGCGCUGCUAAAAGAUUCGGAAGUGCUGCUGUGGCUCCGCAGAUUGGAGUCAUGUGGUGCUGUUGUGACUGUUGAGAUUGACUUGCAGUCGGUUGCAAACAUAGGAGCUGAUGUCUUGGCUGAAGUUGAUGGUGUGUAAAAAUAAAGAGGAAAAAGAAAA